CGCUGCCCCUUCCGCCGCCCAAGGCCGUGCCGAGCGGAGCCCCCGCAGUAAGAGCUGCAGGAGCAUGGCCGGGGCGGAGAGCGGCCGUCCCCCUGCGCCGGGUGAAGGUGUCAAACCAUUUACUCCUGAGAAAGCCCAGGAAAUUGUGAUGUCUCUACAGCAACCUGCAGUCUUCUGUAACAUGGUUGCUGACUGGCCAGCCCUGCACUGGAAUGUGAAAUACCUUUCUGCAAUGUUGGAUGGAAAGACAAUCCAGUUUAGGCUAGGACUGAAGACGGUGGAUUUAGUUCCCCAGUUUGAAACCAGGUGUAGCUACGUGGAGGCUACACUUGAAGAGUUUUUGGCUUGGAGCUGUGGGCAGCCUUCUUGUCUCUCUGGACCAUUCAGUUGUUACGAUUCCUCGAAAUACUGGGCUUACGCUGACUACAAAUACAUUGCCAGGAUAUUUGAAGACAAGCCAGAAAUCUUCCAGGAUAUAAGGUGGUCUGACUUUGGUUUUCCUGGAAGAGGUGGAAAAGAGAGCACGCUUUGGAUUGGUUCUGAAGGAGCAAACACCCCCUGCCAUUUGGACUCCUAUGGCUGCAACUUAGUGUUGCAAGUAGAAGGAAGGAAGAGAUGGCACCUCUUCCCACCUGGUGACACCAGUUUCCUUUAUCCUACCAGGAUCCCUUAUGAGGAAUCCAGCGUAUUCAGCAAAGUCAACGUUGCCAACCCUGAUCUGAAACACUUUCCCAAGUUUAGGAACUCAACAGCCCAUGUCGUUACACUCAGUCCAGGACAGGUCCUGCUCGUUCCAAGGCACUGGUGGCACUAUGUGGAAUCCAUUGAUCCUGUCACCGUCAGCAUAAACUCUUGGAUUGAACUGGAUGCAGAUCAUGAAGCCCGUGUAGAAGAGGCAAUAACUCGAAUGCUGGUAUGUGCCAUAAAAUCAGCAGAAAAUCCCAGUGAUGGAGAUCUCUGGCUAAAUCCCACGGAGGUUGAGGCAACAUCCCAUGAAAUGAAUCUUCAGUAUCUGAAUCAAGCAGUGUCUGCAUAUAUCAAGUGUCAGAAGACAAGUGUGUCAGAGCAGGCACAUUCCAGCAGCACUGGUGCAGAGCAAAGGACAGGUGCCUCAUGCAAGAGGAAGAGGAGGGAAGUUGGCUGUGAGCCAGAUGGCUGCAGAUUACUAACCCAUGGAUUUGACUUUUCAACAUCUAAAGCAGAAGAGCUGCAGAAAAUACCUUUUGGGCCUCAUCUGAUUCAAGUUUUACCACAGGCUCAAGAAAUGGGCUCGAUGGGUGCAGUUGCAGUUGAAAGCGACGGUAGAGAUCUUCCCUGUGAAAAUGAAGGAGAACAUAUUGGAAAAUUACACCGCAGGAGGAAGGAGCUGGUAAUGAGUAAUGACUGUGAAAUGCCUGCACAUCAAAUGGAUUCAGACAGCAGUCCUUGCACCUCACAAACAGCCCUUUCUACCAAUGAUUUGCUGGACUGUUUGGUUAAUCCGCAUGUCAUCAAUUUAGUGGCUCGGCUGCUGUUGGAGAGAACAGGGGUUUAACGCUGGAGUGUUUUAUCAUUUCUGAAACAAAGAAGUCAAACAGCAGCCUUGUUCUGGUGUUAAAGCUCUGUAAUAAUUGAAUGUUUCGUUUCAAAUAAUUCUUAGGUACAGAUAGACGCAGUUAAUGGCUAAGUGGCAGGUUGAAGUUAUGAUGAAAGAAGAAUAACUGCUUAGUGAUGGCUGGGAAGAGAAAGGUGUGUUUAGUCAGAGAACUGCUCAGUGUUAUGAGCAAAACAGUGUACACAGCUACACUCCCACCAUGCUGUGUUGAGGGGAUCUUUACAGUGUUCUGCAGCUCUGAGCUGUGAAAAACAUGUGGUUUGAAGACAGACAAUAGGAGGGAGUGCUGGGACAUUGCUACAUAGCAGAGGGGGACCAAGAGUGGGAGCAGAUAGACUGACUGACUGUAGACUGCAGUCCUUGACCACAUUUAAAGUAAAAUGGUCAGUAAGUGAUCAGUUGAUCACAUCAGAAAUAAUAAAUUCAAAUAAACCUAAACCUCAGCCAAGAGACAGUGCACUCACUAAUGCAUCUACUUCCUCCCUUCCACAAAAUAACCUCAGUUUUGUCACAAACCUCUAGGUUGGAGUGAGACAGAAGCUCUUAACAAGAAAGAGGCCUUCAGCUAGUUCAGAAACUCUUGAGGCUGGGAGACAAAAGGCCAUUGGGAAGUUACUGUUGUUAUUUAUUUAAAGCCAGAUGUACACUGUUCCCCGUCUCUAAGGAACAAAGUAAAGCAGCUAUGACUUUCUGUCUCUGUUCUACUCUUUACCAUAACAAUAAAAAUGUAGUAAUUUUUUUUCAUUUCAUUGUAAGUGGUUGCUGGGCAAGACUAUCCUUUCUUCAAAGUAAAACAGUCCUUGGAUUUGUUUUUGAAGGCUGGGCCACUCUGAUUAAAAAGUUUGGAACUUGAAA